AUGGCAGAUCCCAGCCCACCCACGGGACUAUUCCUCGUUUACGAGCCAAAGGAUCAAGAACCAGCGGUUGACAUUGUCAUCAUCCAUGGCUUGAAAGGUCAUGCGUACAAGACAUGGACUUCUCCUCUUAUGCCCGACGCAGUGGUCGAUUUGCAGUCAGACGGAGAAAUGAUGGCGUCAAGACGAGGACAGGUUCUUCGCAGUGUCACAGGCUUGAUGAAACGGGCCUCAGGAAAACGAGGGCCGAGUAGCGCCCCCAAGCCUAAGACGCCAGUUUCAACACUUUUCUGGCCUCGUGAUUUGCUACCUGAAGACUGCCCAAAUGCUCGCAUCCUCACUUACGGAUACGACACCAAGAUCACCAAGUAUACAUCUGGUUCAACAAACAAGAAUAGUGUCUUUUCGCACAGCAAGGACUUCUUAUUCGCGCUCGGGAGAAGCCAUACCAAAGAUCGCCCUCUAAUCUUUUUGGCACAUAGCCUUGGCGGAAUUGUUGUUAAAGAGAUGCUGGCAUUAUCUUCGACCUCCCCAACCGACGAACUCUGCAAUAUCGUCAGUUCUACCGUCGCUGUUAUUUUCCUAGGCACCCCUCAUCGCGGCAGCCCGGAUCUGUCUGCCCUUGGCGCCUGGGCUAAAUCCGUUCUUAGUGGAUUGCGCUUUCAAACGAACUCGGCAAUCCUUGAUACUCUCGGCCUUAAGACGACAGAUCUCGAACGCUCACAGGAAGCAUUCUCCGGGCUUUGGUUCAAACACGGCUUUAGAGUCAAGACAUUCCAAGAAGGAUACCCUAUGACCAAAAUCAAUCUUGGUGUAUUGGGAAACAAGGUUGUGCCAGACACAUCCUCGUUAAUAGGGGACCAGCGAGAACACGCCGAGACACUCCAGGCCAACCAUAUGGAGAUGUGCAGAUUUUCUGGACGGGAAGACCCAAACUUUGUCAAGGUCGUGGGAGAGCUUCGAUCGGCAUAUCGCACAAUCUUAACUGGCACGAUUGAUGAUCCCUGUACUGACCAGCCUGUUGCGGUUAAUUCAGGCAUGUUUAAUGCAACUAGCGGUCAGGAGUUGACUGCUCAGCAAGCCGCCUGCCUCAAGUCUAUCCAGUUCUCCCACAUGCAUCGUCCUCGCCAGCUCAUUGAGGAUCCUGCCCCUCAGACAGGACACUGGCUAAUCAAAAACGAAACGUACUCCCACUGGCUCCUCGACCGCGAUCUCAAAGAACGACCCUGCAUCCUCUGGAUCAAGGGAAAACCGGGAGCCGGAAAGUCGACAAUAAUGAAGCAGGCUUUUCGUCAUGCCAAGUUCUCUCUCAGCGGCUCCGAAUAUUGUGUUGCUGGCGUCUUCGUUAGCGCCAAAGGCGAGCCACUGGAGCAUUCCUCGAUCGGCAUCUUUCGGUCCCUUCUACACCAACUUUUACCGCACUAUCCGGUUCAACUUCAAGAAGCGGUGCAGAUAUGGACGGAGCUGGACGAGGAAGCCAUUAUGUCGAGGCGCGCAGAGGUGAUAUGGAGGGAACCAGUGCUCAAAAGCCUACUCAACUCAAUCCUCGAUUACACAUCAGGGAAGAGGACUACUAUUUUUAUCGACGGCCUCGACGAGCUUGACCUUCCUCUUGUGGGAUCACACGUGGAGUUCUGGGGGCAUUUGCUUACGGGCGAAAACAAUGGCCGUGUCCGAGUGUGUUUAUCCAGUCGACACCACCCGCAAACAUCCCUUCGCUCGGCCUCGGAGCUGAUUGCCGAAGAUCUCAACGAAAGCGACAUUUCAACAUAUGUCAAUCAAAGAUUGAAGGCCAGAAUUUCAAGGUCAGAAUCACAUUGGGAGCCUAAACUGCGAAACAAGAUGAUAGACAACGCCCGCGGCAUCUUUCUCUGGGUGACCCUGACUAUGGACAGCCUUCUUGCCAAAUAUGACCAAGGCGAAAGCCUUGAGCUUUUGCUCCGACACAUCGAUUCAAUGCCCUGGGAACUGGAGCACUUGUUCACAAAUAUGGUGAUGUCCAUCCGUCCAGAGUCGCGGAGGGUCGCUCUACGGGUAUUUCAGUGGGCUCUCAUGUCAACAGCACCGUUGAGGCUUCAUCAAUGGCACCAUGUGCUUGCAUUUAUAAGAGAGCCCGUUCCAGAUUCUCUCAAGGAGUGGCGGAGGUCUGUGCACUACACCGAGAGCGACAGUCAGCUUGAGAGGGAGAUCAAAGCCUUGUCAGGAGGCUUGCUAGAAGUAAGUGCUUCACGACCAGACGAGGCACCAUUAGAGGACGAAGGGAAUCUAUCAAUUCGCGCUGGAGCUGGAUCACUUGACCUAGAGCAGGGAGAGACUCGUAUUGUGAAAGUCAUUCAUCAGUCAGUGAGUGAAUUCUUCCUCGAAGGUGGUGGAUUCCGCUUGCUAGACGCUUCAGCUGCGCGCAACCCGGUUGGCAGCUGCCACGUCACAAUUGCGAUUACAUGCUUUAACUAUAUCAGUAUCCAAGAAUUGGAUAAGCUGAUUGAUGCGAGGAGGACCUAUCAGAAACAGGAAUCUGUCUCCUUAUCCGAGUGGGAACUAUCGGAGACUAGUCCUGUUGACAGCGAAAAUGAGUCUUUUCUCGCCCUCGAGGAGAGGAAUCUGGCACAGGACACAACAAACAGUCGGAGGAAAACUUUCGACGAGCACUUGAUCAUGAUUCCCACGGCUGAAACUCACACAACAGUUGCCAGCUGGAUAGCAGCGGGAAACAUACCGACGAACCCAACAACCGAAGCUGCUCCCCCAAUACAAUACGCCAACUCUCUCCUUUCCUCAGAAUAUGUCUCCCACCAGCUUGAAGCCUGGCCUUCUUUGUUAUUUUACAUUCUUUCGAGCCUCCCAACGCAUCUCAAGGUCGCAAAGGAUGUGACUUCGCAUUCGUCCACUCUCUUCAAAUGUCUCGACAACACUGAGCUCUGGGACCGUUUCGUGCUGCUGAAAGAGGACAUUCCCCGGGGCACCACGUUCUCCGAAUUCAUUAAUCCCCGCUCGAGGUUGAUAAAAGCUCUCGAGGCACGUGCUCGCCGAUUCGAAAUCUCGCGCCGACCCAGCGAGCAGUGUUGCAAGUUUCGCGUCUGCUAG